CACGGUUUCGUAUAAAAGCGCAUUCGAGUUUUAUAGCAAUCACACUCGAAAUCUCUCAUCACGUUCCUUCCAUUGGAUUGACUGAUUCGAGCCACUCAAAAUGAAAUUUUUUAUUGUGUCCCUCGCUCUGAUCGCCGUAGCUCUGGCCCAGCAUCCACACCAACCGCACGUGGCCAUCCUGAAACAGGCGCAGGAUAUCUCGCCCGAGGGAUCCUACCAUUACUCUUAUGAGACUGAGAACGGAAUCGUCGUUUCCGAACAGGGCGCGCCGCGCUCCGUUGGUCCCGACGGUACUCCCGCAGUCAUCUCUGAGGGCCAAUUCCAAUACACCGCUCCCGACGGCACCCCGAUUACCCUCCAGUACACAGCUGACGAGAACGGCUUCCACCCUCAGGGUGCCCAUUUGCCGAUCGCUCCAGAGGUACCCGAGCAGAUCCAGAGAGCUGUCGCAUACGUUCUAGCCCACCCACAACCAGAAAGCCAGAAAUAAAUAGUCCAGAAAUAAAUAGCAACAUGACAUUUAGCAACAUCUCCGGACAACGGGUCGACUACUUCUCGAACUACACGAAUAAUAGAUUAAUUAAGGUGUCUUUUUGAUACAUAAAUACAAACGUUUUCUUACAAAAUAUUUCGAUUUUUAUAUUUAUUUGCCAAAUCCACUGUAAUUUGUCAGAAAGAAUAGGUCAGGUCAGAGAGGUUUUUUAUUUUUUAGAGACAUAUUUUUCUAGCUUAUAUUCAAACAGCAAAACAAUUAAUUGGCACAAUAAAAUGUUAAUGAUCAUA